UUUUUGUAACCAAAGCUGGAUGUGUAGGACGUCACAUGUUGUUUUUCCUCUUCACUCCAGUCACUUAGCGAUAUGUGUUAUUUACUGUCAAACCGCUCCUCGCAGCGAACGCGCACUCCGCGCCGGGUACAGAAGAGAGUCUGACAGGAUUAUAUCUGACUGACAGCACAAGUUAAGGAAAAGUGAGAGUUUUUCUUCAGAGCAUAUGAGAAUGGCGAGUCCGCCGCCGACAGAAGGACAGCUGAUUUCAAAUAUGACAGUGAAGAACAACAACCACGUUAAGAAAUGCGGCUAUCUGAAGAAACAGAAGCACGGACACAAGCGCUUUUUCGUGCUGAGGGAGCCGAGCGAGGGCUCUCGCGCCCGGCUGGAGUAUUACGAGAGCGAGAAGAAAUGGAAAAACAAGUCGGCUGCUAAACGGGUUAUACAUUUGGACUCGUGCUUGAACAUCAACAAGAGAGCCGAUGCCAAACACAAACACCUGAUCGCCCUUUACACCAAGGACGAGUAUUUUGCCGUGGCUGCCGAAAACGAGCAGGAACAGGAGGACUGGUACACUGUCUUAACGGAUUUAAUGAACGAGGGGAAAGUGAGCGACGGCUCCGCUUCUAAUUCAGCGUCAUCCCUCGUCGGCUUUGAUGAGGCGAGCUACGGCGUGAUAACGCCCGUCACCGCUACUUACAAGGAGGUUUGGCAGGUCAAUUUGAAAUCUAAAGGACUCGGCCAGAGCAGAAACUUAACGGGCGUUUACAGGCUGUGUUUAUCCAGCCGGACCAUCAGCUUCGUGAAACUGAACACGGAGGUGGCGUCGGUGAUUUUACAGCUGAUGAACAUCCGCCGAUGCGGACACUCGGACAGCUUUUUCUUCAUCGAGGUGGGCCGGUCCGCGUCGAUCGGACCCGGCGAGUUGUGGAUGCAGGCGGACGAUUCGGUGGUGGCGCAAAACAUUCACGAGACUAUUUUGGAGGCUAUGAAAGCAAUGAAAGAGAUGUCAGAGUUCCGCCCGCGCAGCAAAAGCCAGUCCUCAGGUACCAACCCCAUAUCUGUGCCCACCAGGCGGCACUUUAACAACCUCCCGCCGAGUCAGACUGGGCUGACACGGCGCUCGCGCACCGACAGCAUGGCAGCGACGUCUCCCGUGACAAAACUGACGUCCUGUAGGAUCCGCACGGCAAGUGAGGGUGACGGUACCAUUGGCAGCCCCAUCAGCCCAGGCGUGAACAGGAUGCAUUUGAGCCGCUCUAAUACAGUGACAGCUCGCCCAUGCAGGACAUUUGAGUCAUCAACCCUGCAGCAUAGUAAAUCCAUGUGCAUGCCUGUGUCUCACUCGCCUCCCUCAGCUGUCAGCCCCGUCAGUCUGUCAGGCCCUCGCCCCUCCAGCUGCACCGCCUCAAUUUCAGGCUCUCCCAGCGACGCUGGCUUCAUCUCUUGCGAUGAGUGCGGCUCCAGCCCGGGUGAUAUCAGGCACCUUUUAGCAGCAAACCGAAGCAACACACCUGAGUCACUCGCUGACACGCCACCCUCACAGGAGGGCAGCAACCUGUAUGGAUAUAUGAUCAUGGAAAGGCCGAACAGCUGUGGACGGCGAAGCAUCCGGGCGGCAGGCGAGGAGAGCGUAGGAGAUCUGGAGAAAGCCUACAGGAAGAGGACACACUCUCUCACCAUGCCUUACCAGAAGAGGGUGCCAUCACAAGUGUCCUCUACUUCGCUGGACGAGUACACGCUCAUGAGAGCUACGCACACAACUGGUGGCCAUUCGGGGCGCAGCUCUCACACUGCAUCCCCAAAGCUCACAUACCCUGAAGAUUAUGGGGACAUUGAAAUCGGAUCAUUACUGAAAAGUUCCAGCGGUAGUCUGGGCGACUGUGGCUACAUGCCGAUGACACCAGGUGUCGCUCCGCAAGGGGGGAAGACUGACAACUACAUGCCCAUGAGCCCAAUGUGCGUUUCGGCUCCAAAGCAGAUAAUCAACCCCAGGACGCACCCCCUUACUAUUGCGAAUGGUUACAGAACCAAUUCCCCUAGCAGUUGUUCUCUGGAUGACAGCGGCUACAUGAGGAUGCUGUGCGGCUCUAAAUUAUCCAUCGACAGCUCAGAUGGGAAACUGUCUAAUGGUGAGUACCUCAACAUGUCCCCUGUAGAUUCAGUCACACCACCAGACUACUACCUGAGCCCUGAGUCUCCAUGUCUCCGACAGCUUCACUUGUUUAACUCUUUGACCCGCUGCCAUAAGCCCCAGCAGACACUAAAGGAUGCGAACAAUGAUCAGUAUGUUGUCAUGAAUCCUCAGAGUCAGAGGAAAAUAGAGGAGUCAGUAAAAACAGCAUCCCCCCCUGCCCCAUCUCCUCUAAGACAGAGCCGCACGGAUAGUUUCAUCCUCCUGCACAGGAUAAGCCGGCCCACCCGCCUCUCCCUUGACACGCUCCGGACAUUACCCAGUAUGAACGAGCAUCCCCUCCCCUCUGAGCCAAAAAGCCCUGGCGAGUACAUAAACAUAGACUUUGGACAUGUUGCUGAAAGUUGCACUCCGCCCUCCAUUACUUCCUCCGAGAGCUCAGCCUCAUCCCUCGGAUCGUCUGCAGAUCAGAGGACAUCCCCCCUCUCUGAUUACAUGAACAUAGAUGUGAGUUCUCAGUCACCCAAAUCUGGAAAUGCCGCUCCGUCUAAUGGUUUGGAGCCUUUGGCGGAUCUCACGUCCUGCCCCACCCACCCUAAAGAAGAGGAGAAAGAUGAAAGGUACCACCUCACGGCACAGGUGGCACCAGUGGGCCCAGUUGAUAAAGCUAAAGACGAUUACACAGAGAUGACGUUCGGUGUGCCCGUUUCCCCUCCUGUCUCGCAGCCCUCAGAAGGUGGGCAGAACAUCAGCCCAUCCUCCUGCAUGCAGAGGCUGACUGUGGAUGAGACUGUGGGAGUGCCUGGCGUUGAAGCAUUCCUGCUGCAUGGUGCCACUUUGGCCUUGGUGGAUCCCGACCGGGGUGCCAAAGUGAUCCGUGCCGAUCCCCAGGGACGCAGGCGGCACAGUUCAGAGACAUUCUCCUCAACCACCACCGUAACACCAGUUUUUCCCUCCUUCGCACACGACGCCAGGCGGCAUGGUUCAGCCUCUGUGGAGAACGUGUCUGUUUCUGUGAAGAACAGCGAAGGAUCGGAUGAAGAGUACAACAGUCCCAUGUGCAGGGAGACAUCGGCCGGCUUUCAGAAUGGACUUAACUACAUUGCCUUAAACUUGAUGGAUGGAGGACUUGCCAGCUGUGAUUCGCUUGUCCGGUUCAAACCUGCCAGCUGCUGUAAAGAGGGCAUCAAUGGAAUACAUGCCAGUCCGUAUGCCAGCCUUGGGUUCAAGGAGACGGCAACAAUAGUAACAGACUAAACAGAGCCAGUCUUCUCAUAAAGGCUCCUUCACUCCGUUGUUCACGUCGAGAGCAAGGGACGAGAGAAGGAGAAGAGGCGCUCGUGUGGACAGAUGGACCACGUUGCUGCUGAACCAGGCCUCCGCUGAUCUUUGACCUCCCAAAUGCAUUCGAAUGGCCGUCGUCACGGCAACACAGACACUUGACCCCAGCGCGAGGCAUGACGAAGACUCGCAGACGAAGGCGGGACUUCCUGUCCAUCUGUCACUCACUGCAAUCUCUACAAUUUUUGUGUUACGGACCUUUUUCCACUGGUUUUGUUACGAGCUCUGGACUUCGAGUGGCCAGUGUCCCUCAACCCCCUAAAACCUGUGAACCAAAAAAUCUGAUCUGCACACGCACGCAUACACCCGUCACACUUAUUUAUUUCCCCCCACGUGUGGCGGCACGAGUGCGUGUGCGCGCACGGGUGGUUGCAACACUGCACAGAGGUGGCAUUUCAGAAAUUUACCCAACAAUUCGAAAUCAGACACACACACACAAAAAAAAGCAGUCACUUGAAAACCCUACCUCAGAACGAGCCAGGUUAUGACUUACAAAAAUCUAUAUAUUGAGAAAUUAAUUUAUUUUUCCAAGUGAAUGUUUUCGUAAAAACACCAAUCCAAAGCCUUACUGACUGUACUGUCAAACAGUGUUUCCUGGAGGACCUGCAUAUACACUCACAAGAGUAUCAAAGAUUACUGUUUGCCAUGAUAACUGAAUGUCUUGCAGUGCAGCGGAGGAAGUUCCUGCGCUGCAAUCAAAGAUCUAUUAAUGUUAUUUUGCAUUCUACACAGAUAUUUAAAGGAUUUUAAUAAAAUAAUAUUUAUCUGAGCUGGUUAAGGACCGGGCCUUCCGCCCGCAAUCCCGCACAUAUGCAAAGCAGGCUUUCAUAGAGGAGGAGUUAUUAGUUUUGGAACGAAGCCACACGCGAUUAACACACGCUAGAUGAAUGAUGUCGUGCGCCUCAGGUCAGAGAGAGGAGCAUCUCUCUCGCCAAGCCUAGGCAUGCUAGCACACCGUCUUUAAACCUUAACAACCCAGAGGCCUCUGCGGACUUGCCCCCUCUCACUGCUCUGAACACACAGGCUUCCCUUUGCCUUACAUACACACCCGUCGGCUCGCCGUUCCAGAGAGUGAUAGAAUUAGGGACGUCUCAGAAGGCCUGACACCAUUAUUGCUGCUCCCUACUGUCAGACAGGGAUAGACUCGUCAGAACCAAUGCUUUGUCUUGCACUUACAAACUCCUUAGAUUGUAACACAAGACACUUUUGAAUGUAGAGUAUUCCGGAGAUCUCCACAGGAGACGAAACGCACGGCCUAAACAUCCACAAACAGACUGAUACCGAGGCAGAGUUGUUCAGAUCGACACUUGUACAACACACACACACAACUUGACUUUAGUAUAUGAAAAAGUUUGCCUAGAAAGCUGUACAUAAUGUAUAAAGAGAUCGCAACUGACAUUUUUAAGUUAAAGAUUAUAACUUAUUUCUUUUUGUAUGUAUAUAUAUAUACACGGUACGUUUUUGAAUGAAUUUCCCAAUGAAUUUCCCCCCAAACAACUAAAGCACUAAUGAAGGUACAUGCCAAAAGCUGAACUUUGGGCCUGGCGUUUUUCUUUUCUAAUUCUUCAGUACGUUUGUAAAAGUAUGCACACUGUACGAUAGAUGCCACUUCAAGGAUAUUUGAUAAUGCUGUAAUAUAAAAAAAAAAGAAAAAAAAAAGAAUUCUUUGAAUAAUUCUUGAUAUUACGAAAA